AUGGGUUUCGACAACGUGAUGUUGACGCUUGAUGAGACAGUUACGGAUUUCUUCGGGCAAUGGGAUGUGUACACCACACUGAUCGCCGGAUGUCUGGUCACCUUUUUCGUCUACCAAGUGACCAGUUCCCGCGAUCCAGAUGCCCACCCUAUGCUUCUUGCCCGGCAGGCCCAGGCAUCUCCAGUCAGACAAGAAGGCCAGUCUGCGGUCUUCCGCUCACACGCAGCUCCGCAUGGCAUGCCGUUAAACUCCGGCCUUAACGUUAAGGAUCCGGGUGAUUCUAAGUGGAGUAGAGGAAGGGACGGCGAUUUGCGAGAUGUAUGGCGCAGGGUAGUCAGUGGAGGUAUUGACCGGGAGGGAAAGGAGACGGGCGAAAAGGGCAGGUUGUUGACGGUCCUUGGCUCAGAGCAAAUCAUCGAUCAUGAUAUCACGGACAUCAAUCGACAGAUUGCCCUUAUCGGCCAACAUAUAAAGGGAAACGGAGGGGAAAAUAUUGCCAUUUAUCUACCAAAUUCUAUCGAAUUCCUAGCAACCUUGUUUGCCUGCGCCUUUUAUGACUUAACGGCAAUUCUCGUACCAUACGACCAGGACCAACCGGUUGAAUCCAUUAUCUCAUUGCUGGGCCAAUCGAAGGCGGAUACUGUGGUCGCCGCUGUAGGAUCGUUUCCAUUUGAUGUUAUAAAGAAAAGCUACCCGGCUUUAAAGCAACUCAUCUGGGUUGUGGACGAGGGUAGUAAGCAUAUGGAUUGGAAUGAAGUUCCGACAGGCACUGGCGGACCAGUCAAUGUUUCAACAUGGCAGGAAAUCGUUCAAGAUGCACCAGCCACUGGAUUGGAGCUACCUUCCGUGGAUAGAAAGGCCGAGUUAAAGAACAUACUAGCAUUUUGGCCUUCUGGGGAACUUGUUGAAUAUACUCAUGCCAACAUCAUCGCCGGAAUUGCUGGCCAACUGUCGUCGUUGCCGGCUGCCCACCGUAUAAAUCAUUCGGACUUGUUCCUCCCUGUGGACUCGUUAUCUACGAUGUAUCCACUAGUUUUGACCCUUUCAGCGCUCUACUCCAAUGCCCCGGUUGCUCUGAACUCGGUUGCUGGUACAAGCCCAGAUCUUGUCUUAGCAACUCAAGGGAUUAGUCCUACGAUUGUGGUUGCAUCGCCCGGAACUCUAACAAAAGUUCUCUCCGAAACUGCAGCCAAGAUGAGUUCCCCAGUGUACAAAAUUGUGCAUUGGUUCCAGACCCGAUCUCUGAUUCAGCAAGGAGUUAUGCCUGCAUCUACAAUGUUCUCCCGCCCUUUUGACUCUCUUCGCCCAAUUAUAGGGUCUACGCCAGGGAAACUGCGCCUGAUCUACGUCUCGGAACAAAUCGGUGCCAAGUCUACGCCAUUGACCGCUAAGAAUCUGUCAGACUUGCGGAUUUAUACCGGAGCUAGAAUUAUUUAUUCUCUAGCUUCCUCCAAAGUAGCUGGUGCUGUUACGCAGACCGGCGUUUACGACUACAGAGUUGAUGAAAAUUCGGAGCAGAAUGCACAUUUUGGAGCUCCAGUUAGCAGCGUUGAGUUCUUCUUGAAGGAUACCAAGGACCAUAAAACGACUGAUGAAUCAUCUCGUGGAGAGAUCUAUGCAAGGGGUCCAGCUGUUGUUGGUGGAGAAGCGUCUCUAGGCGUCAAUGGUAGGAUCGCAGAGGAUAGCACGCUAGUGCUCUUGUAA